AUGCUGACGGGUCAUUCAUGGGGUGCCGGCGAAGGUAGACGCGCUUGGGUUUACCUCGGCAUGGCCGUUCGUAUGGCUCAAGUCCUUGGACUAUUCGAAGAACUCCCUCCUUCAACAACUCGCGAUGAGUUUAUCGAAGCUGAAGAAAGACGGCGCACAGCUUGGACAUGUUUUCUCAUGGACAGUCUCUUGAGUGGAGGAAAAGGGCGCGACAGGAUGCUCUCAGCUGACAAUAUGCGUAUACAACUUCCUUGCGACUCUGAAAGUUUCAAUUUUGGCCAACUCGUCGUCUGCGAGAGGUUAGAUGGCCCGGUCGUGGAUGGAGCAGGCACAGCAAUGAGUAUACGUGUCAAAGGCAGUCUGGGCAUCGUAGCUUACAGUAUGCGCGUGGCCGAUGUCUGGGGAGCUGUGGCCAAAUGGGCCUGCACGCGACACGACAACAACGUUCCUCCGUGGCAACCUCAAUCUGACUUCCAGAUGCUUCUUGGUCGACUCGAAAUAUGGAAGAGUUCAUUGCCAGAGCGUCUUCGUUACGAGCUUUUCCUUCUGAGAGCACACAGCGUGUCAAACCAGGGUCAGGCGUACUGUUACAUGCAUUGCAUCUACUUUAUGAGCGUGAUCUUCCUCUAUCGAUCUUAUCUACCCGAAGUCGAGAUGCAAAGAGCCAGAAUAGGUGAUAAAGACUGGGAUCAAUGGUCAACGUGGUCGAGCAAAGAGCUUGUUCAAGUUGCCAAACAAGUGUGCGAUAUGCUACAAGAGAUACGCGCUUUUGGUCUAUAUUUUCUUCGCGGGCUUGUCCCAUGGAUUGGUUUCACCAUUUACACAGCUGUUGGAACAAUGCUCUACUUUUACCACUUUCCCAAUAUCGGAGACACCCCUAACGACAUCGACAAGCGACGGGAACACAUUGUUGAGGGUCUCUUGUUUCUCAAGGAUAUGCGACAAGCGUGGCCAAUGGCUGAUACAUGGCGCGAGAAGAUCAAGGCAAUGCAAAUAUUCUACAGCAAUAUCAAAACCGACGGCGAUCUAGCAGUGACGCCAAGCGAGAGACGGGAAAUGCGUAAUGCCAUUAUCGACUAUGGCGCUCUUCAACCUGAUCCCAGUGCAACAGACGGUGAAAAUGAUCAAGCGACAACCAGCACAAGCGCGGAUUUCAACCCCGAAUCUAUGAAUUUUAUUGCACCCGCCGACAUUGACCUGUUUGAUACAGACUUUGCAUUCGGCAGUAAUAUGUAUGCCACGUUUGCCGAUGCUACGCAGGGCUUCUGGGAGAGUUUCCCAGGAAGCAUGGACAUUCAAGCCGAUAUGAACUUUGAUCACUAG